UUAUGGUAUUAUGUUAUUGACUCUUUUGUACCAAAGUCGUGUUCUAUCAUUUUUUUGUAAAUAUAUGUAGAAAUUUAUUAUUUUUUAUAAAAUGAAGACUGUUUUAAUGAUUGCAGAAAAGCCAUCUUUGGCACAGUCUUUGGCUAAAAUUUUGGCCAGAGGUAAUAUAAGACAAAGGAAAGGGCUGAGUUCAGCAUGUGCCGUUUAUGAGUAUGAAGAUGUAUUUUUAAAUCAACCGGCAAAAUUCAAAUUUACUAGUGUUUGCGGACAUGUCAUGUCUUUAGAUUUCAUUCCUAAAUAUAAUAACUGGGAUAAAGUGGAUCCUGCAGAAUUAUUCUCUGCUCCUACUGAAAAACGAGAAGCGAAUUCUAAACUUCAAAUUCCGAAAUUCCUUCAUUCAGAAGCACGAAAUUGUGACUAUCUGGUAUUAUGGCUUGAUUGUGAUAAAGAAGGAGAAAAUAUUUGUUUUGAGGUUAUAAAUUGUGUCAGGGAUGCAAUGAAACCUCCUUUAAACAGACAUGAACAGACCAUAUUUCGGGCUCGUUUUAGUGCUAUUACGGAAAAAGAUAUCAAACAAGCCAUGAAGCAACUAGUUGAGCCAAAUGAGAAUGAAUCAUUAUCUGUCGAUGCACGGCAAGAACUUGAUCUUAGGAUAGGCUGUGCCUUUACUCGAUUCCAAACAAAAUUUUUUCAGAAUAAAUAUGGUAAUUUAGAUAGUGCCUUAAUUUCUUAUGGUCCUUGCCAAACUCCCACAUUAGGAUUUUGCGUUGAAAGGCAUGAUAGAAUAGCUUCCUUCAAACCUGAGCCUUAUUAUGUGCUGUCUGUUAAAGUUACUACUGCCAGCCAGAAAACUUUGACAUUGGAUUGGGAUCGUAUCAGGAUAUUUGAUAAUGAAGUGGCAAAUAUUUUUUAUCAAAUGGUUAAACAAAAAACAGAAGCAAUAGUUACUAAUGUUACCAAAAAAGAAAAAGCGAAGCAGCGUCCUUUGGCCUUAAAUACAGUUGAGCUGAUGAGAGUUGCCAGCUCAGGCUUAAACAUGGGCCCCCAUCAUGCCAUGUCCAUUGCUGAGAAGCUUUACACUCAAGGAUAUAUCAGUUAUCCCAGAACAGAAACAACAUCUUACCCUGAGAAUUUUGAUAUUAGAGGCAUUUUGCAGCUCCAAAGUAAAAGCUCUGAGUGGGGAAAAGAUGUACAGGAUUUAUUAUCUGGAACAAUGAUUCGACCCAGGAAAGGCCAUGAUGCUGGUGAUCAUCCUCCUAUAACACCAAUGAAACUGGCUACUAGAAGUGAAUUAGAUGCUGAUUCGUGGAAAAUAUACGACUAUGUUUCAAGGCAUUUCAUAGCUACAGUUGCUCCAGAUAUGAAAUACAUUCAAACAGUUAUUUCAUUUCAAAUUGGCGAAGAAACUUUUACUUGUUCUGGGAAGACAUUGGUGGAUCCUGGUUACACUAAAGUAAUGAGUUGGCAAGCAUUAAGUGUGGAAGAAACGCUGCCUGAUUUGAAAAAGGAAGAUGCACUCACCGUAUCGGAAGUUAAGUUACUUGAAAAGCAAACUUCUCCCCCUGAUUAUUUGACUGAAGCUGAAUUGAUUACUCUGAUGGAGAAGCAUGGUAUUGGAACUGAUGCAUCUAUUCCUGUGCACAUAAAUAACAUAUGCCAAAGAAAUUAUGUCACAGUAACAAGUGGACGCAAACUUGUUCCAACACCAUUAGGAAUAGUAUUGGUGCAUGGAUAUCAUAAGAUUGAUCCGGAUUUAGUUUUACCUAACAUGAGGUCAGCUGUUGAAAAGCAGUUGAAUUUGAUUGCUUUGGGAAAAGAAAAUUUCGAAUCUGUUCUUCAGCAUACUUUGACAGUUUUUCGCUUGAAAUUUCAAUAUUUUGUCUUGAAUAUUGCUGGAAUGGAUGAAUUAUUUGAAGCCUCUUUCAGUCCCCUUUCAGAGAGUGGAAAACCAUUAUCAAGUCAGCUAUCAUUAACUUGGUAUUGCCCAUACAAAUGUGGGAAAUGUCGCCGAUAUAUGAAACUCAUUGCAACUAAGCCUUGUCGAUUGCAUUGUCCGACAUGCGAUGAAACAUUUACUGUUCCCCAAAGUGGAAAUAUCAGAAUCUACAAGGAACUUAAAUGCCCAUUGGAUGAUUUUGAAUUAUUGUACUAUACUGCUGGUGUAAAAGGAAAGAGUUACACUUUUUGUCCAUAUUGCUACAACAAUCCUCCAUUUCGAGACAUGCGAAAAUUGUUUGGUUGUAACUCUUGUACCCAUCCUACCUGUCCUCACUCUCUUCAGAGUAAUGGUGUUUCCAAUUGUUCUAUGUGUGAAGGAGGUAUUCUCGUUCUUGAUGCUGGAUCAGCUCCCAAAUGGAAACUGUGCUGUAAUAGAUGUGACAACAUCAUUCGCCUUUUUGAGGAUGCUACAAAAAUCAGUGUUGAUGAAGAUACAUGCAAAGAUUGUGGAAGUCAACUGGUGACUGCAGAGUACAAAAAGGAAAAGACAAAAUUUGGUGGCAAUAUAACUGAAGCUACUGGGUGCAUUUUUUGUGAUGCCCGAUUUAGCUCUCUAGUUGAUCAGCUGCAAGCCCAAAAAAUGCGCAAUAAUCCUUCCAGAGGGAGGGGAAGAGGAAGAGGCAGGGGUAGAGGAACGAAGUCAAGAGGGAGAGGCAGAAGUAAGCCGAAAGACAAAAUGGCCCAGUUAGCAGCUUAUUUUGUAUAAUCUUUUUACCACCUUCUGUACAGUUUUUUUUUUUUUUUCUUUGUUGUGUUAUUAAAUUUUUUUAACAUUUUG